AGUGGCGGAGCUGUAACUGUCAUUACCGAAGAAGAAGCGUUGACUAAAGUCAAUCCGAAACAGAAAGUCUCAAAACUUUCGAAGAACUGCACAUGUCGGUGACAGAUUUCAAAGUGGUGCUAGAGACUUUGACAUUCCCUGCUGAUUCAACUCCCUUCAAGAGUUGUCAUGCCUCUACCAUCGUUGAGGUUGUCAAAGAUCAUUUCUUGGCUGCUUAUUUCGGAGGCACGUAUGAAGGAGCACCUGAUGUCAAAAUCUGGUUGCAGCAUUUCAAGGAUGGUCAAUGGGAAUCACCGGUUAUUGUGGAUGAAGAGCCAGGAGUUCCAAUGUGGAACCCUGUCUUGUUCAAGCUUCCUUCACAAGAGCUCUUAUUGUUCUACAAAAUCGGUCAGGAGGUUCAAAAAUGGAGCGGUUGCAUGAAACGAUCCUAUGACAAAGGUAAAACCUGGACUAACAGAGAACAGCUUCCUCCAGGGAUUCUCGGACCCAUUAAAAACAAGCCUAUUUUGCUUGAAGACGGGACUCUCCUCUGUGGAUCAUCCGUUGAAAGCUGGAACUCUUGGGGAGCGUGGAUGGAGGUCACUUCAGACGCAGGUAGAUCAUGGAAAAAGCAUGGCCCAAUAUACAUUCAAGGGAAGAGUCUUAGCGUGAUCCAACCGGUUCCAUACCAAACCGCAGCUGAGACAUUACGUGUUCUACUCAGAUCAUUCACCGGCAUCGACAGAGUCUGUAUCUCAGAAUCUUGCGAUGGCGGCGAGAACUGGAGUUUUGCAACUCCAACCGUUCUCCCAAACCCUAAUUCAGGUAUUGAUGGAGUCAAGCUAAAGGAUGGUAGGCUGGUGCUUGCUUACAACACAGACUCGAGAGGUGUGCUCAAAGUAGGAGUUUCUUUAGACGACGGUGAUUCUUGGACCGAUGUUUUGACGUUGGAGGAUACUCCCGGAAUGGAGUUUUCGUAUCCGGCGGUUAUACAAGCCGGAGACGGGGAUGUCCACGUCACUUAUACGUAUAACAGGACACAGAUUAAGCAUGUAGUUCUCAAGAGUGUAACAGAUAUUGACAAGCGAUACCGGAAACACGGAGAAGCUGGUGGAGGACUCGUGGGUUUGGGUUAGUAUCUGAACCGAACCAUUGAUGUGGAAUGGGACAUUAAUUCUUCUUACGGAAGAACAAAAAUUCUGUUAUUUUCUUUGAAUAAAUGUAAAAUUAGUUUUUAACUCUAAAACAUUUUUUUUACAAACUUGAUUUUGAAAACAUUGAUUGAGAAUUUGAAAGAUGCAAAUUUCUUAGU